AGAGAAUGACAACACUGCCUGUGCCCCGCACUCCGCGGCCGCCCGUCACUAAAUUAAAUUAGAACUCGGUUGGUGUUUUAAAAAUCAAAUUAAAUAAUAAAUUGUAGCUAUCCCAAUUCUAGAAUUUGCGGCUGUAACCUACUAGAUCAGUGGUGUGAAAGUGAAGCAAUAAAAUGCUUCAGCGACUUGUGCAAGCCUUCUGGAACGAGGAUGUGUGGUUGCCGCCUAACACAACAUGGGCUGACUUAGCACCCGGGCCGGAAAAGGCCGUGGUUUAUACGGACCAUCGGCAUGUCUUCGUCCCGAUACCGUUAGCGCUAGUCUUCAUAACCCUGCGCUACUUGCUAGAAAGAGUAAUCUUCGCGCCGUUCGGCCGGUACCUAGGCAUUAAGGACAGAAAGCCCAAGAAUCCACCUCUGAAUCCUAAACUAGAAGCGGCGUACAAAGCAAAUCCUAGAAUACAACAGCAGCAACUAUGCGCGCUAGCCAAACAGCUGGACAUGUCGGAGCGCCAGAUCGAGCGCUGGUUCCGGCGACGCCGCUGCCAGCACAAGCCGUCCACGCUCGUCAAGUUCUGCGAGAACGUGUUCAAGUGCAGCUUCUACAUCUGCAACUUCAUAUUCGGCCUCGUCGUGCUGUGGGACAAGGACUGGCUGUGGGACAUCGACCAGUGCUACAUCGGAUACCCUCAUCAGGGUAUAACAAAUGACGUGUGGUGGUACUACAUGAUAUCAGCCGCGUUCUACUGGUCGCUGACCAUAUCCCAGUUCUGGGACGUGAGGCGGAAGGACUUCUGGCAGAUGUUCGUUCACCACAUCGCCACCAUAGCGCUGCUGUCGUUCAGCUGGGUGUGCAACUUGCAUCGCAUUGGGACGUUGGUGCUGUUGCUGCACGACUGUGCCGAUAUAUUUGUCGAGUCAGUAAAAGCGGCGAAGUACGCGCGGUACCAGAAACUUUGCGACGCGCUGUUCCUGGGCCUUAUCGUGAUGUGGAUCGGCACUAGGGUUGGCAUCUUCCCCUUCUAUAUCAUUUGGAGUACGUCGAUCCGCGCGCCAAUGCUGCUGCCAAUGUUCCCCGCGUACUAUAUCUUCAAUUCGCUACUUUGCUUGCUGCUAGUACUGCACAUCGUGUGGACCUGUCUUAUCCUGCAGAUCGCCUACUACGCUAUAAAGGCGGGACAGAUGAAAGACAAAUAUGAUAGUAAUACAAAUGACUUAAAAAAUUAUAUGGACGGGGACGUGCGCAGCUCGACCUCGGAGCUGAGCGACAGCCCCGGCCACUCCAACCACAGCUCGCCCACAAGGAAUCAUACCAAACACGAAUAAAUCGUCACAAAAGGAAACCCAAAUUAGAAAGUGGAGUCACAUCACUGGAUCUCGGGUAUCGCGUACUAUUUUUAGAGUAAUUGUUGUUGUAUAUUUUGAUGGAAUAUACUUGUACCUAUGUCGGAUUUCUGUUGAAAUGUAAUAUUAAAGUGAUCGCACAUCUAUGCAGGUCAACCAUUUAAACCGAGUAAUACGCAAAAAAUACCUCUUUAUAAUAUUAGUAUAUUACAUAAUAUAACAAACAGACACACGCAUUAGAGGCUUAUUAAAUGUUAUUUUAAGGGGCCCACAUAAUUAUUAUGUAAAGUUUACUGGUUUGUACGUUAUAGUGAUAUUAUAGUCAGUAACGUGGGUCAGUCAGAAGUUAUUAAUGCAGACCAUAGAUUUCAGUCAGUCACCACUUUAUUUUAGAUGAAUGUACGCCCUUUGUCGGUGACUGUAGUUUGCCGAUAUUUUCCGGGUGAAUUCACACGCUAAUAUAAUAUGUUCUAUACUUCAAAACAUUGAGCAUCUGAUCGGGUAGAAAAUGAAAAUUGAUUUACUUAUUUAUUGAUUUAAAUUUAAUGAAUAUUGAUUACAGGACCGAUUU